CGAAUUGCUACUCAAUUAUUUAUUCCAAGCAUUUCAUUAAUUACAAAAUCAUGUUCUUUAUAUUGUGGUAAACAUGGUCGAUGUGUACAAUAUAUAAAUAAAAAUUCAUCAUAUUUUUGUCAAUGUAAUCAAGGAUAUUCGGGUUUACAAUGUAAUAUUAAAUAUAAUUGUUCAUGUUCAUCUGAUUCAUUUUGUCUUACAUCAUCUAUUUGUAUUUGUCCAUUGAAUAAAUUUGGUUCAAAAUGUUAUUUAAAAUAUUCAAUUUGUAAAAAAUCAAAUAACCCUUGUCAAAAUAAUGGACUUUGUAUACCUAUUGAUGAUCGUAAGGGUUUAAAUCAAUUUACAUGUUUAUGUAAUGAACAUUUUUAUGGAACACGAUGUGAAAAUAUGAAAAAUCGAAUUGAUAUUGAAUUUGAUGAUAAUAAAAUUAGUAUGAUGUCAUUUGUAUUUAUACAUUUUAUUACUGCUAUUGAAAAUGAUAAUCAUCAACAUACGACAAUUUUAAAAAAGAUUAUUUUUGAUCAAAAUAUAAUUACAGUCUUUAUAACACAUUCAUUUCAUGUUGUCUUUAUUGAAUUAACAAAUCAAACUUAUUAUUUAGGUGUAUUAAGAGAAAAAUUUAUCGAAUCCGAACAUAUUCAAACAAGAAUAUUGUCAAAUUAUCAAUGUUUGUCUAUAAAUGAAUUAAUGAAUAAUACUUUUCUAAAUUAUUCAUUUAUUCAUCGUGUUAAAUAUUAUCCUUAUUUGUGUCAACAACAAAAACAACUUAAAUGCUUUUAUGAUAAUAGAUACAUGUGUAUAUGUGAUGUUAAUCAUUUUUCUAAUUGUUUUACAUUUAAUCAUACUUUAUCAUAUGAUUGUCAUGGAGAAAAUAUUUGUGAAAAUGGUGGUCUAUGUUUUCAAGACAAUAUUAAAUGUCCUAUUCUAUCAAUAUGCGCAUGCCUUGAAUGUUAUUAUGGUACAAAAUGUCAAUUUUCUACAAGAGGUUUUGUAUUAUCUCUUGAUUAUAUUCUUGGUUAUCAUAUUAAACCAAAUGUUUUAUUUAAUCGACAACCAUUCGUAAUUAAAAUUAGUCUCAUUAUUAUUGUAUUUAUGUUCAUUCUUGGAAUGAUUAAUGGAAUUUUAUCUAUAGCGAUAUUCUGUAAAGAAAAUAUUAGACAAACUGGU